AUGGCACCCCACGAAGGCCUAAUCCACCCAAAAGAAUACGACAUAAAAGACAGCAACGUCGAACUAAUCGGCAGCGACAUCGACCACCGAAUCAAAUACACCUCCGCAACCACCGAACCCGCCUGGAACAACGGCCAAAUCUCACAAAAACCCGGCCUCUUCAUCUGGCGCAUCGAAAACUUCCAAGUAACCCCCUGGCCUACAGAGAACUACGGCCAAUUCUACGACGGCGACAGCUUCAUCGUGCUACACUCGUACAAAGCCGGCUCCGACAAGCUCGGCCACGACAUCUUCUUCUGGCUCGGCAGCAAGACUACACAGGAUGAAGCCGGGACGGCGGCUUACAAGACCGUCGAGCUAGAUGAGUUUUUGCACGGUGCUGCGAGCCAGUAUAGGGAGACGCAGCAGCAUCCUUCGGAUGAGUUUUUGGCGCUGUUUAGACAUUAUGCGGUCAGAUCUGGGGGUGUUAGGUCUGGGUUUAGGCAUGUUGAACCGAAGGAGAAGGAGGAAGUGAUGACGCUGUUGAGGGUUUUCAAACAUGCUGGUAUUUCACGGGCUGAUUCGUUGAUUGUUUGUGAGGUUGAGGCGAAAUGGGAGAGUUUGGAUGAGAAUGAUGUCUUUGUGCUGGAUCAGGGGAACAAGAUUUGGGUUUGGCAGGGGAGGAAGUGCAGUCCCAUGGAGAAGGCCAAGGCGGCGCAGGUUGUUAAUGAUUUGACACUGGCGAAACAUGUUGAUGUUGAGGUUAUUUCGCAGCUGGAGGGGAGGUCGAGGAUCUUUGUUGAUUUGUUGGGUGGGAAGGAUCAUGCCGGGUCGACGCUGGAGGCGCCUAGGCCUGGGAGGUUUGCUAAGAGUGGGCCUGAUGAGAGGGCUCGCUCGCGCAAGCUGUUCAGGCUUAGUGAUGCCGAGGGUGAGUUGUCCUUUGAGCUUGUCAAGGAUGGGCAGAGGGUUGAUAGGGAUGACUUCGAUGGGAAUGAUGUUUUCCUGUUUGAUACUGGGAACAGACUCUGGGUUUGGCAGGGGUCUAGGGCUAGUGCUGGUGAAAAGGCAAUGUGGCUCAAGGUCGCUCAGUCUUACGUUCGCAAGUUGCAGGAGAGUAAGGAAUCGUCCGAGGCGUAUCUCACGCCUAUUUGCAGGGUUGCGGAGGGUCAUGAAAGCCCGGCUUUUUUGAAAGCUCUUGAAGUUUAG